CGGCCCCGUCGUCGAGGAAACCGGAAGCCCGUGGUGACCCCUGGCGACCCGGUUUGUUUUCGGUCGCUUUGCAGACACGGGGGAAGCGAAACCCGGUGGCCUUGGGGACGGCCCUGCGUAGCCAGGGUUCAGGCCACCAUGGACACACUAGUGGAAGAUGACAUCUGUAUUCUCAAUCAUGAAAAAGCCCACAGAAGAGAGACAGUGACUCCGCUCUCAGCAUAUCCCGGAGACGAGUCUGUUGCUUCACAUUUUGCCCUGGUCACUGCGUAUGAAGACAUCAAGAAGAGACUUAAGGACUCAGAGAAAGAAAACUCCUUCUUAAAGAAAAGAAUAAGAGCUUUGGAAGAAAAGGGAUUACAAGUACACAUCACCACACCUGGUUUUUACGUGAGGAUUGAACUCAGGUCCUGCAACAAGCAGUUUAACCAACUGAGCAGUCACCCAGCCCUGAUGAAUCUUGUUGGAGCUCGAGUAGAUGAAGAAGCAAGUCCUGUGGGACGAGAACAAGUGAAUAAGGCCUAUCAUGCAUAUCGAGAGGUUUGCAUUGAUAGAGACAAUUUGAAGAACAAAUUGGAAAAAAUAAAUAAAGACAACUCUGAAUCUUUGAAAGUAUUGAAUGAACAGCUACAGUCUAAAGAAGUAGAACUUCUGCAGCUCAGAACAGAGGUGGAAACUCAGCAGGUGAUGAGGAAUUUAAAUCCACCCUCAUCCAACUGGGAGGUGGAAAAGUUAGGCUGUGAUUUGAAGAUCCAUGGUUUAGAACAAGAACUUGAACUAAUGAAGAAAGAAUGCAACGAUCUCAAGACAGAGCUACAGAAAGCCAAGCAGACGGGUCCAUCUCAGGAAGACUUUCUGCAGAACAGAGAUGUCGUCAGGCCGAGCUCGUCAAGGGAGGAGCAUGCUCCACACCAGGGCCUUCUCCACAGUGACAAUAUGCAGCAUGCAUACUGGGAACUGAAGAGGGAGAUGUCUAACUUACAUCUGGUGACUCAAGUGCAAGCAGAACUACUAAGAAAACUGAGAACCUCAGCUGCAGUCAAGACAGCCUGUACCCCAGUAGGAUGUGUGGAAGACCUUGGAAGAGACAGCACUAAAUUGCACUUGACAAACUUCACUGCAACUUACAAAAGAUAUCCCCCUUUGUCACCAAAUGGCAAAGCUACUUGUUAUGCUCCGUCUUCCCCUUUGCCAGAAGAUAGAAAGGCUUUCUCAGACAAAGCAGUUCUUCAGUCAUGGACAGAUAACGAGAGAUUGACUCCUAAUGAUGGUGCAGACUUUCAGGAGCACAAUUCCUAUGGCAGAAAUUCUCUGGAAGAUAAUUCCUGGGUAUUCCCAAGCCCUCCUAAAUCAAGUGAGACAGCAUUUGGUGAAAAUAAAAGCAGAAUCUUACCUUUACCCAACCUGCCACCGCUGCAUUACUUGGAUCAACAUAAUCAGAACUGCCUUUACAAAAGUUAAUUUGAUGGGACUUGCGAUUUGAUCAGGAGGACACUAAUUCACUAGUUCUCCCAAGGGAUUGUUCAGACUGGAAGUGGACUUUGAUUACAGUCUUGCAGAGUUCUCCAAUGUGUACAUUUGUACAUUCUGCACAUUAUGUACUUUAUUUUCCAGUUAUGAGAACCUCUGGUUGUACCUUUAAUAACAAUUACAAAUUUUUGCUUCUUGGAAAAGGAAUGAAAACGGAAAUUUUCGACAUGGUUUUAUAAAGUAUGUGACCAGUCUAAAUGCCCAUUCAAAUAAAGAGUAGUCUUUAAUAUAAGAGAAAAACCAUGUCUGCUGGUUCAUAUUAUACCAAGAAGCAAAUGGCAGUGUGAAAAGGUUGUGCUUCUUUGGCUUUCUGAUGCAUAAAGAUUUGAAAUAUAAUGGAGUAAAAGUAGGUUAUUACAUCUCUGCUGUUCUUCAAGUUUUAAGAUUCAAAAUCAUUUUAAGUAAAACGUUUGUGUAUACAAUUUUAAAGUGCAAUUUAAAUUCUAAGACUUGAACUAAUGACCAUUGAAGCCAACUUUUUCCCAGUGUAUACAAAUCCAAAUAGUUAAAAAUGAUGAUGUAUGCGAAUUAAACUAUUAUAACCUUAUACAAAGUCCAGCUGAAGUAGAAAGAACAUCUCACAGAGCAGUGUGUUCAGUGAGUCAUAGUGAACUCACCAUGUAGUCAUUUUCAGCAGAACAGCUGUCUGUUUUACACAUACACAGAACAGCUUAUGCACAGAUAGGACAUUUGAAAAAGUAAAUCCUAAUUAACUUCAUCUAGAACUAAAUUUUGUGCUGUAUAAUUAUGAAAUAUCCCUUAAGUGGCCAAUCACUUGUAAAUAAGUAAAGAAAUAAAGAAGAUGGCUUCAUGUGGAAAUUCAUCUAAAUUCCUUCAGGGUCAAAACAAAGAGUAUUAGUGAUCAUGUAUUACCUGUGUGACGUAAGAAGACUGUCCUUUCCUAAGUGGCAUUUCCUACAUCCUCAAUUUAAAGGACCUCUGAUCUCGUGCUGAAUCCCAUGCACAGCCCGGCAGUGUUCACCAUUCAGUUAUCUCACUCACUUACUCAUGCCUGCCCUGAUUAAUGGAAUUGAUGUCAGAUACUGGAUUGUGUUCUGACCAAUGAACACAGCUGACUCAAGGGAGUACAGGCUCCUGCCAAGUAAUACAACAAAACCCAAUAUGCAUAAAACAAACACGAGCCUCCAGACUCCAGCUGAGGGAACUAACUACCUGUGUAAUAAGAAAGCGGAUUUGUUUCUCAUGUGGCUGCGGAGGCCUUCAUCUCAUGUCUAAUGUAGCUUACUGGUUUGCCUUUUUUAAACCAAGAUUAAAAGUUUUCUUCUGUAAAGAGGGUCUUAUAAUGUUUUGCACAAUGCCAAGAAUUUGUUUUAAUUAAAAUUAUUUUUGUUCUUAAAAUGGAA